AUGAUCUGCCUCCGCCGCCGAAACGGCAAGUCCGAUAAACAUCUCGGCAUCAAACCGGUCUCAAGCACGAGACCGAGAAAACGAACUACGAAUGGCUUGAUCCCGGCAUGGGUACGUAGGCAGCCUUUCCAAAGGUUCAGCUAUACCCCAAUAAAAUUCUAUAAUCCGUCUGACGAGAUGAGCAUUGUAAAAUUUUAUUCACCUCCAAAGGCACACGUCGACGUUCUGGCCAAACCUCUCGACAACACCGAUCUCGUCAUCACACGAGAUCGAGCGGUCUCGUCAUCACACGAGCCCGAGAAAACACCGAUCUUGUCAUCCGAGAUCGAGCGGUCUCGUCAUCACACGAGCCCGAUAAAACCGAUCUCGUCAUCAAACGAAAUCGAGCGGUCUCGUCAUCACACGAGCCCGAAAGACACCGAUCUCGUCAUCAUAUACGAAAUCGAGCGGUCUCGUCAUCACACGAGCCCGAGAAAACACCGAUCUCGUCAUCCGAAUCGAGCGGUCUCGUCAUCACACGAGCCCGAUAAGACACCGAUCUCGUCAUCAUAUACGAAAUCGAGCGGUCUCGUCAUCACACGAGCCCGACAAGACACCGAUCUCGUCAUCAUAUACGAAAUCGAGCGGUCUCGUCAUCACACGAGCCCGAGAAGACACCGAUCUCGUCAUCAUAUACGAAAUCGAGCGGUCUCGUCAUCACACGAGCCCGAUAAAACCAAUCUCGUCGAAGCUCGAAUCCGAGAAAAAUCGUCACAGCAAUCUAUUCUCCUUGACGAGACAAAAGAGUCAUCUCGUCAAGUCCGAGAGAAAUUAUCAAAAGCACAUUCUAUUUGCGGACAAGAUUACGUCACUGUACUCUUUUCCCUUCUUAUGGUUUUUAUCCCAUAG